AUGCGUCUCCUCGAUAAGGACCUGUGGCUGCAGGACGUGACUCUGGUGUACCUGACCGUCUUAACCACCCUGGUGGUGAUCCUGGUAGCCUCCUACCAGGUAGAUCCUGCUACCAGCCCCUCCUGGGGAGGAUCCAUCCCCACCUCCACCCCCCUGCUGCUGCCCUACCACAUGCCCCUUGACCCCUGUGGACACCUCCACCUGCCCAGGAACAUCUCCUACCACCUCCAGGAACUGUACCUGGAGGUGGGGGGCCGCGAGAUGAAACACGGCCUGGUUCUGGGGAUGUCCGACCGCGGGGAACUCACCAACGCUGACGUAGUGGUCCUGUAGGAUGAUGGCCACCAGUCUUACUUUGGGGAUGCGUGGACUGACAGUCAGGGUCAUGUGAGUCUGGACAGCCAGCAGGACUACCAGCUGAUGGCAGCCACUCAGACACCUGAGGGAUUCUCCCUGCUGUUCAAGAGGUCCUUCAGCACCUGCGACCCACAAGACUACAUCAUAGAGGAGGGCACUGUCCACCUGAUCUACGGAGUGUUGAAUCGGCCAAUCCGCUUGCUCCAGCAGCUCAAACUGUCCCAUAUCGAGACGGGGGUGCAGAGAGCCCGCCUGCUCUGCUCCGACAUCCCGUCCCCCUCCCUGCUCCAGGACAUACAGACCCUGGAGGUCCGGAACACCGACGUCAACGUCUCCACCCAGGAGACCACCUACUGGUGUCACAUCUUCCAGCUUCCCCCCAACAGGCCAAAGAACCACAUCGCGAUGUAUGAAUCAGUGGUAACCCCAGGUAACAAGGCCAUAGUGCACCACAUGGAGUGUACCCCUGAGAUGGAUACGGUCCACCAGUACAGCAGAUCUUGUGACUCCAAGAUGAAGCCACCAGCCAGCCUCAACUACUGUCGCCACAUCCUGGCUGCCUGGGCCGUGGGAGCUGAGAGCGACUGGGAGAGGCAGGAGCUUCCUGUAGUGAUGUCACAGCUCCAGAGGCCCUGUUACCCAUGGGGGGGGGGGGCACAAACUCCGCGGCCAAAGCAGUGA